CUGGCCGCAUUAAUAGCUUCAAGUACAAAUUCGAUUGGUAUUAUUAGUGUUCGAGCAGAGCCUGAAGUAGGAAAGGAGAGUGAACUCGAGAAUGCGAAUCUAUCCUCUAUAUCUGGAGCCUUACCAAGGCUCCCAUCCUCAUCAGGCUCAGCAUCAGGCUUAUCAGAGCCGAUAUCAGGACGGUCGUCGAUGUCCAAAGCACGCUCAUCCGAGCAACCAUUGUUUGAUCGCUUAUCAUCAACACUAUCGCACAAUUACUCAUCGCUUUUAGAUGUUCUGGCUGGUGUAGCUACUGCUCCAAAUGGUACAUCGCCGAAGACGUUGUCUUCGUUAUAUGGUACUAAAGACUCUCCGCGAAGGGAUCCCUUGCCGUCCUUGGAGUCCAGCUCGACCCGCAACUCUGGCCGGGCGUCCGAGCGAACGCCUUUCCGGCAAGCUGUGAUCCCACAAACUGUUCGCACUUUGUCGCGACUCUCGUCGCCUUCAACCAAAACCGGAAAUACUUCCGGAACAAUUUUGAUCUCAUACCUAGCGGCGAUUAGUCAAUUUCCGAAAAAUUUCUUCGAGUCAUUGAAAAUGAUCUCCGAAAUUGAGGUGGACAGCGUUGAAACGUCAGAAGGUGAAAAGAACUAUGGGUCUUUAUCGAAGUGUUUUCGUACGGAAUUUGAAGGUUCCAUGAUCUCAGGUGCUCUGCAUGUGGCUGUCGAAGAGGUGAAUGCAGACCCGACAAUCUUACCCAAUCAUAAACUCACAUAUAUCUUCAAUAACACUUGCGGAGAUGAACGACAAAGUACUCGUUUCUUCAUGGAACAUUGGGCACAAGGUGCAAAGGCCUUUAUCGGGCCAGAGAUGAACUGUCGAACUGAGGCGACUAUGGCAGCAGCACAGAAUGUACCGAUAAUAUCGCAUAAAUGCAAAGAUCACAUAGUUUCGGAUAAGAGCAAAUAUCCGACGUUCGCGCGAACAGUGCCGGCAGAGACCGAGAUAACAGCAGCAUUCAUAUCGCUGUUCAAGCAUUUCAACUGGCGCAAAUUCUCGAUUAUCUAUGAGCGACACGUCACUAACGAGGAACUCUUCAGCUCCAUUCGAGGUGCCCUUGACGAGGAGAACCUUCAUCUGGGUCCAGAAGAACGUCGCUAUACAGUGUUGAACGUUAGCACUGUGGCUUAUCCAUUUUCAGAGGUCGAGAAAUCGAAUGUGGCACAAAUUAUUGGAGAUACAUAUAAAACAACGCGAAUUUAUCUGACUUUCGGUAAUGUUCGUCUCUUUCGACGGAUUUUGCUGGAAAUGGGUGCACAUGGUCUGAUGGACAGUGGGGAGUAUGCGUUGAUUUAUUUGGAUGCUGAUUACAACUGGUUAAAUCCGUAUCAUGCGAUGAAUAAUCAUUUCUUUAGAGAUACUCUUCUCUCGGUUAGUCAAUCGUGGGACGAUCCAGAUUCGCCGGAUCAGAAGGUUGUGAACUUCUCGAAAUCAGCUCUCGCCGUAAUACCCACUCCGGUAAAAUUGAACACUCCUGAAUUCACGGCAUUCUGGCAGAAAGCAAACCAUUACUUGUCGUUAUUCGGUGUUCAACGACACGAUUCAACAUCUUCGAUUAAGGCGAAUCGCUUUGCAUGCUAUCUGUACGAUGCAGUGAAACUGUAUGCAAUGGCCGUCACUGCAGUUAUAGACGAUACUCCGGCUAGCAGAAUCGCGGCUGGGUAUGAUCCGAUUUCAGAUGGCGAAAGGAUAAUCAGUAAGAUCAUUGGACGAGUUUAUCAUAGUAUACAAGGCUUCGAUAUGCGUAUCAAUAGCCAUGGGGAUGCGCAAGGCAAUUACACUCUGCUGUCACUACAAGAUGUCGAGCCAGUUUUGGAUGCUAAAAAUCCUGACUAUUACCCGCUGAAAAGAGCGUUGACGAUCUCGGCUGACUUUAUCUAUGAUACAUCGCAUGAUUUACCCUUAUUACGAUUCCAACGAGACAUCCAAUGGCCGAAUGGAAUGGCUCCACUGGAUGAGCCCGAAUGUGGGUUUCAUAAUGAGAAAUGCAAAGAAGAUGGUGGCUGGUCAGCGGUAAUAAUGUUCACAACAAUCGCUUUGCUGAUAACGGUUGUCGCGAUCGGAUCAACUUUUGUUUAUAGGAAUCGUAAAUUCGAGCAGGAAUUAUCGAGUAUAUGGAAGAUUGAUCAGAAAGAGAUUGAAAAAAUUGUGCAAUGUAACGAAUCAACCACAUCGUUGUUCGUUGUAGGCGACAGUCGGACAUCCCUUCUAAAUGGCGAUGAAAUGCAUGAAAAACGGUGGUCAGGUCUUCGAGGUGUCGCAUUGUACAAGGGAGCGAUUGUCGCUAUUAAAGAACUUAGCUACGCCCGGAAACCUCGCGAACUGACUCGAGCCACAAAAUUGGAAAUGAAAAUUAUGCGACAGUUGCAUCACGAUAACAUCAAUUCGUUCAUGGGUAUUGUGGUGUGUCCAUCGUCGAUUUGUGUAGUGCGUGAGUUCUGUGCAAAAAGCUCACUGAUGGAUAUACUGCGCAAUCGUGAUCUGAAACUCGAUCAUUUAUUCAUCGCAUCAUUUGUUGAGGAUCUCGUCAAGGGUAUGAUAUAUUUGCAUGAGUCUGAACUGAAGGUGCAUGGUAACCUGAAAUCAACGAAUUGCUUGAUCACAAGUCGUUGGGCACUGCAAGUGGCAGAUUUUGGUUUGCAUGAGCUGCGUGAUGGACAAGAGUGGGUCAGCGAUGAACUAAAGGUAUGA